AUGGCAACAGCAGUUCGACCCACGAUUCACAUGCGGCCGUUGGGCCUUGACUCGACAUCCGUUUCAGCUGCGGCGCAAACACUCAGCCUUUCUUUCGCCACCGACCCUCUGAUUACUUGGCUCUAUCGUUGCCCAACCGACCCUGGCUGGGGGAGUCUUGAGCCUCCCCUACAGCGAUGGCAGGAAGCCCGAGUUCGAGAAUACACUGUCCGUGGGAUUGGCAUGGAAGCGGUUACCGAGGGGAAAGCACCCUCUAGUGUUGGGGUUUGCUUUUUAUUCCCCCCUCUGCCACAACGCCGGUGGUUAAAUCCGUUAUGGUGGCCGGCCUAUUUGAGGGUCUUAUGGGAUCAAUAUUGGAUCAAACCGAGAGAACCAUUUACAGACGAAAAGCGAAUCGGCAUCAUGAUGGAUGGCCACUAUGCAUCUGCAAAGACGAUUAAGGGUAGAUAUCCCCCAAACUCGCUCUACUACCUAGAGAUCGCUGCGGUCAAACCAGACACUCAAGGAAUGGGUGUCGGUGGUGCUAUUAUGAGUUGGGUUGUGGAUCGGCUGGGAAAGUCCCCCUGUUUCUUGGAAUGCACCAACGAGAAAAACAUUCCCUUUUAUGAGAAGUAUGGAUUUAAACUGUUGGAGGAGAAGACACUGUCCCAUGGGGCAAAUCAGUCCUCCACGACUCUGUAUUACAUGGCUGGGAUAGCCUGCGAAGGGUACCAGACGAGACUGACAUGGGGCCCUUCGAACCCUGACCCUGCACCACCAAUGGCAGGGGUUGUGUUGAAUCCUAUCCGUAAACCACGCCUUCAGAAGAAGGCUAGACAGCGCGAAGAAGCAGAGGCCAUUGCCGAGGCACCGCCUGACUCUGACUUGGAGAUAGCCGACCCGGGCAGUGUUUCAUCCCCUGAUCAGUUGGAUCUCUUGUUCCUCCAGUACCAACUCGAUGAUCCCUGCAGCAACGGAGCCCUACCGGAUAAUGAAGUGUCUCAAAGACUGAUGGACGAUUUCAGUUCUAAAGGCUGGAAAACCCUCAGCGGGCGAGGUGGGCAGCACAGCUUCGUUCACUCCGACAUCAUACCUCUUUGCGAUAGUAACAUUUCUCUUCGCCAUGUGUGUCUAGCUUAUCAGGCGAGCCUGGAUCCAGGCAUGAUACAUGCGACCCCGAUUUACAUGCAAUCGGCCCUUUCACAUUAUUUCAACGACCUCAAUACUCCCGAGAAGCUGGAUCUGGAUGAAACAUUGGCUACAGGAGUCCUGCUUUGCAGUGUUAGCAUAAACUCUCUGUACAUCUGGACACCUCUGUUGGAAGGAUUACACGGAGUUCUUCAACAUAGAGACCUCCUACACAAAACUCAACGACCUCCCCUCACAAAUCACCUCAUCGAGGUGAUUGGUCUCCUUGACAUUCCAUGUUUUACAUUAAACAGAAUCACUGUGUCCCUCAACCUGUGGAAGUUACACGUGGGCCCCAGCAAGCAAUCCGGCGUUGAACAGACAUCUGGCCUACCGUACACACUCAUGACCCUGUUCGCUGACCUGGGGUCUCCCGAGGCAGAGGACAGGCUGCUAAUGUGGCCAGGUGAAUUGGGCGAUGAACUUAUCCAGAUGCACCUAUGGGAAGCUUUCCGGAACGCUGGGAUACUUCACAACCGAGCGCUUAUCGGGGAAGCCCAGGACCCAAGUUCCUCACCAACGAGCAAGCCCAGAACUGAGGUGUUGCGGAUGAAGGUGUUUGCAUCGAUUCAGGCCAUAUUUGACUCAGGGGCAUUUACUUGCCGGCGGCCUCUUGCUAGAGCCGCCCUGUAUCCCCUGUUCAUCGCCGGUCUCUUGGCGGACAAUGCCUGGGAGCGGAGGCUUUCCCGAACAGCAUUCCAACACCUCUGUGAGAAUGGACAAGAGAGGCCAGUUACAGAAACCCUGAAUAUUGUGACACAGGUAUGGGGAAAGGGCAGUGGAGGGGAUGAACAGUCAAAAUUGAAGCUGGCCACAGAGAUUGCGGCGGAGAUGAAUGUUGAAAUACACUUGUACUAG